CGUAUAUUUUAAAAUUUGAAAUCAAAUUUUGAUUUUGUUAUAAGUGAAAUUAAAAAACUUUUUUUGAUUUCAACAUGACGGACGUCGAAGAAAUUAUUGAUUACAUAAAAUCUCUAAAAAAAGGAUUCGAUAAGCAAUUGUUUGAAAGUAAAAUAGAAGAAUUAGCUUCACUAGCUGAUAGUUCUGGUUUAGAUUACGACGAUUUUCACACAUUGUUCAAAGUCUGGCUGAAUUUAAGUAUACCCAUUACGAAAUGGGUGAACCUAGGCUCUUGCAUCGUGCCUCAAGACAAAGUGGCUCAAAAUACCGUGGAGUAUUGCUUAAAAUGGCUUUUAGCAAAUUAUAAAAACCAGAAUAAUUUCCCUAGAAUUGGUCACGUAUUGGAUUGGCUUACAGCGGCAAUGGAUGCUGACUCUAUAGAUAUGACUGCAUUAGAUAUGGGCUAUGAAUUAUUUUAUACAUUUUUGACGUAUGAAGUGCUUACUGUACAUACUAUGAAACUUGUGUAUAUGUUGACGAAACCCUCAGAUGUCACAAGAAAUAGGGUCCUAGAAUUGAUGGAACAUGCUAAAAAGAGGGAAAGCAAGAAAAAUUUAUUCAGACAGUUGCAAGUGCUCAUAGGUUUGUUCAAAUCCUACAAACCAGAAUGUGUCCCUGAAGAUAUUCCAUCAAUAUCUAUACACACAGCAUUUAGAAAAAUAAAUGCUAAUCUAUUGAUGAGAUUCCAAAAUUGUCAGCAGAACAGGAGAAAUAGUAAAAGUGAAGAAAAGCAGAGACUUAUUUGGGUUAAUGCCUUAAAUAUGGAAAACAGCAGGAAUAAAAAAGCUGAACCACUUGUGCCCAACAUGGAAUUCCUUCAUGUGGGCUCAAGGCAAUAUAACAAUAAAGCACCUCAGAAGAACUAUUUGGACUUUUCUGAGCCAGUAUCGCUACUGCAGUAUAGUCUGAACCACAACAUGUCUCGGCCGGCCCGGCUGCGCGCCCUGCUGUGCAACACAACCGGCCUCACUCUGCUGGCGCUGGCUGAUCAAACCGAUCACGCGUUUUUCAUGCAUGAUUUGCACCACUUGCUCAUUAAUUGUUUCUUAGACAUAUCACCCCACAGUUACACGGAGAAGCAAGACUUGCUGCGUCAGUUGUCAGUCUUCCAGUCAACCCUGAUGCAGGGCUUGCCGGUGAUUACGAGGUUCUUAGCGCAGUUCUUGCCUUUCUGGAAUGAAGAGGACUACUUUGUAGAGAUUUUGGAUCUAAUAGAAUGGGUCAACGUGGAGAGUCCAGAGCACAUAGUGGAUAUAUUGGACGCAUUAACAAAAAUAUAUUGCAGAGCGCAUCCAAUUCAACAGUGUGCUAUACUCAAGAGUGUAACAUCUAUGUAUACUAACUUGGUAUAUGCCAGUACAAGGUCUCGGCAGUACUUUUUAAGUAUAGAGUCGUCGGGCGCUAGUUUUGCAGCUGCGAUACAGUUGGUUGCCUCGAAACUCAACGAUAUGUGCAGCAAAGCGUUGCAAGCAAAUCCUGAUGACAUGCGCGUACUUUUCUCUUCCGUGCGUUCGUUGCGCCAGAGCGCCCGCAGCGACGCGCUCGCGUGCGGGGGACGAGAGGGUCGCGGGGGUCAGGGGGUACACGGAGGUCGCGAGGGGGUCGGGGGUUGCGGCGCCAGUCGACCCCCCGCGCUGCUGCCGCUCGCUCUGCCGCUGCUGGCGCCCUCUGCUGUGAUGCAAGACAACCUCGCGGAACUUAUCUUGUUAUACAAACAAAUUUUCUCCGCGAUAAAAGCGAAAUACGGAAAAGACGAGCGCUACCUGCAGCCGAUGCGCAUGCUGAAAGCGUACACGUCCGACUUCGUCAGCUGCUACUACGAGCAGUUUCUGGCCAAUCGCGGGAAGGGCGUGAUAUUCAGCAACUUGCAGCCGCAAAUCGUCAACAAGUUGGCCAAUUUGUUGCCAGAUGUCGACACGAAAUUGAGUAUCCGCAAUCAUUUGGCGUUCUCGCCGUACACGUACAUGAGAUUGCAAGCGAUUAAUCAAUUGGACGCGGAGAACAAACUGCUAUUCGACACGGUUAUAGAUAAUGAGUUUGUGAAUUUGAGCGAGUUUGUCAAAAUGGCGAUGCCGGAGUUAUGUUAACGUUAGGCGUUUGUUUAUUCUCGCUUUGACUCGUGUUUUGAUUCUCUGCUUAUUACGUUGAAACGAAAAUAUGUCUUUUUUUAUAUAUUACAGUAGAGUGGAAAAUUUUGGUUUUGGUAGUAUUGAAUGUGUAGUGUAGAAGCCAUAAAUUAUGUCACGCCCGUUAAAUGUUAUUUUGACCCCUCCCCGUUUCACUCACUUUAAAAUUCAUGUAUGUAUUCAUAAAAAAAAUAAAAGAAAAAGUAAAGUACAUUGAUACAUUUAGAUGCCCCUUGUCACACAAUUUAACAUUUGAUGUUGAUGUGAUGU